UGUUGUAGAAAAAUACCGCGUUUUAUGAAAAUUAUAAAUGACAUUAUUUAAUCUAAAUAAUAUCAAUCAUAUAUUAGCGGUAGCUGAAAAGAUAACCUGAUUUUGUUUUAUCCAUUAUUUGUACACUUAUAUUGAUACUUAUCGAUAUUUAUUAUGUUACAUGAUGUUGAAACUGCAUCAUUCUACCUGUCAUAUGAAAUCUAAUCCACAGCUCAAUUAUCUUUUACUUAGUCUUUGAGAUAAUUGAUUACUAAAUAUUUUUAGUUAAAGAAUACAAAGUGUGAUUAUUUACAUCAGAAUAUUGGUGAUCAUAUCAUUUUCAUAAAUAAUAAAUUCAACUAUGGAUGUCGGUUUCAGUAGCAUUGGUGUCAGUAGCUUUCCUGAUAAAAUUGCUCCAAGCUCCGAUGAUGUUGAAGGAGCAGUAUACGCAGAUCUGGAAAAGUUAAAUAAGGAGAUGGAUGAAGAAUUGGUAAAUGCCUUUCAUGACAUCUAUCAAACUGAAAGUGAACAUGAAUCUGAAUCUGAAUCUGAAUCAGACUCGGAUUCAGAAACUGAGGAUGAAGAUGAAGAAAGAAAUUAUCGCAAUAAUAGAUCUUUAACAUCAGAAGAGGAUGAAUCUUCAGCCUUUUCUGCAGCAAACACAAAUUUCCAUCGAAAGAGUUAUAGUGAAUAUGAAAAUGGACUCAAGAAAGAAGAUUCUUACAAUAGAACUGUUGAAAGUGAUGCAUUCAGACCUUCUCAUUCUGUAGUAAAUUCACAUGUCUCUGAUGGAUAUGAUGGUGCAUUAACUACUGGAGAUACAAGUCAGUAUUCAGGUCGGCCAAAUUAUCCUAAUGGAAAUAUAUCAGAUUCUGAUGCCAAUCAUCAUAGAGAACUUAGUAGUGUAGCACCCAUAAAUUCUGCAGUGACAAGUAAUUCUUCCAUUGAUUUGAAGGAAGAAUAUCGAAAACUAUACAUCAUAUAUGAGACAACUUUUCAAGAAUUAAGUCAAUUAAAAGCAGAAGAAAUGAACUAUAGAAAGGAAACUGACAAUACAAUUCAGACUCUGAAACUAAAUUUGGAUCUACUAGAGAGUGAAAAGAAUAAACUGUCAUCUAAUUUACAAGAUUCUCAGAAUUUAAUUUCUGAUUAUGAACAUGAGAAAAAUAAAUUGUUGGGAGAAGUAAUGUCUUUGAAUUCUCAGCUUUCAUCUGUAUCUAGAAUAAAAGAUGAAAUUCAAAGUAAAUUGGAAAGUUCUCAAUUUACAAUCCAGUCAUUAGAGAAACAAUUGAAUGAAUUCAAUAGAGCUGAUCACAUGUCUCGCCUUCGUGGUCAUCAUAACAGCAUUUUAGAAGAAAUGAAACUGCGUCAUGAGAAAGACAUUUUGAGUUACAAAGAAAAUAUUGAUAAUUUGCAGUCAAAAUUAAAUUCAAAGAUAGAAGAAGCUGAAGAUUUGGCUUUAAAGAACUCUGAAUUACAAAGAAAAUAUCAGCAGCUGCAAAUUGAAAAGGCUGAAUGGGUUAAUAAAAUGUCUGAAGAACUUGAAGUGGCUCAGAAAAAAUGCCAACUGUUCCUUGAAUCAGGUACUAUUGAAGAAAUUAAUCGCUUAAAACUUCAAGUGCAGCGUUUGGAAGAAGAUAAGUCAAAUAUAGAAAGGGAAAAUUCUUUAUUAAAAGAUGAAAUUAAGUCAUUAAAGGCAGAAUUAGAUACUGCUGAAGCACUUCAAAAAUUAGCAUUUUCGAAAGGAAAACAAGAAGCAUCAGUGAAAGGACAAAAAGAUAUGAAUUUGCAACAGGAAUUGGAGAAUUCAUUAAAAAAUGUGAGAUCACUAAGGUCAGAAAAACAUUCUUUAAAAAAGCAAUUGAACAAUACUGAAAUCGAACUGAAGGAUGCCAGCAAAAGGGCUGAAUUAUUUGAAUCUCAAUACAUAGAAUCAAAGAAAAGACUGGAGGAAUUAGAAGAAAAGCUACACUCCAUUUCUUCAAAUGAAUCCACUACAAUUCAAUUUUAUGAAAAAAAGAUUCAGAAUCUUGAAAAUGAACUGAGCAAUUUGAAAAAAAGUGUAUAUGAUGCAUCCAUAAAUGAAAAAAUGUUGAUUCAGAGUAAUGAAGAACUGCAGAAAAAAAUGACAGAAUUAAUUCAAAAGCACAUGACAGAUAAAAUACAAGCAGUAAAAACGUGUCAAGAGCAAUUGCUUGAACUUCAUGAAAGUACUCUUCAAAAAGAGAAAGAAAAAAUAGAAAGCAAAGCUAAUGCAGAACUUAAAGAUGUAUGUUUCAAAUAUGAAAAUAAAAUAUCUGAAAUGCAAAAGGAAAUUAAAGCUUUAAAUGAUGGACUGUAUGAUUCUAAAAAUCAGUAUUUAGCUCUUUACAAAGAAAAUCAAAACUUGCAAGCAAAGUUUGAUGAAAUUUCAAAGCCUAAAGAAAGAGAAGAAAUUGAAAAAGAAAUCCGCUUAGAAUAUGAAGGGAAGUUAAUUGGAAUGAAAGCUCAGCUUAUUAAGCAAAAUAAAGAAUAUCUUGCCAGCAUCUUCAAAGAAGACUUAGAAAAAGCCCAAUUAGAAUGGACAAAGCAAAAAAUGGUCGAUAUAAAAGAUUUUAUUGAAAACACCAAACAGCGUUUAAGUGAUGAAUUUCAAAAUUGUCUGCAGAAGGAACAAAUGGAACUGCAAAGAAAACUUGAAUCUGAGAAAGAACGAUUACAUAAAGAAUUUGAGGAAACUAAAGUAAAUUUGAAGAAAAGAUAUGAAGAGGACAGAGAUAAACUAACUGCUAUGCUUAAUCAAGAUCUACAGUGCAAAUGGGAAAAGAAGUUAGAUACACUGAAAGAACGCCAUGAAAAUGAAAUAAAAUACAUGCAAAAUCAGUUUGAUAGUAAACUGUUACAAAUGGAAAAUGAAAUGAAAUGUUUGAAAGAAAAAAUAUCUGUAAAGACAGAUGAGAAUGAUGAAGUACAAAAGUUGAAGCAAGAUUUUAUGUUCCAACAGGAAAAAUGGCAAGAGGAAAAAGAUGCAUUAGUUCAUGCAGAGUCUGUUCUUAAUGAAAAUCUGAAAUCACUAAUUGCAACUGAGCAAAAAUUACGUGAUAAAUUAAAAAGAUAUCAAAGACAUGUUGCAGCAGUUAAGAAACACUAUGAAGAAAAAAUCAGAACUUUACAGGCUGAACUUUCUGACUUCCAAAAGUCUUGCAAUGAAAAACAAAAUCAGUUGCACUCACUUCAAGCGAAGCAUGAGCAAGAUUUGUUACAAUCAGACUUAAAGAAAUACAAUCCUUCAAGAAAUGUAAUUGUACAAACUGAGGAAGAAAUGGUACCUAAGAGUAAAAUAUAUAGUUUGGAGGACAAAUUCUUUAAAUGUCUAAUGAACAUCUCAGAUGGCAUAAGGCAUUAUGUGAAUGAAUCCAAGAAAAGAAAUGCUGAAAAGAUACAAUCUGCUUUAAUGCAUUAUCAUCAACAAAUAUCAUCAAAACUACUUCAAGAUCUGUCAAAGGAUGCACAAUCCUUUGCACCAACUAUAGUCAUUCCUCGUGCAAGUACUCAAGCUGAAACUAUUUCAAAAGAAACUUAUGAAACUUCAUCCAUUCCUCAAAAUCGGUAUAAUACUAAGUUUAAAACUUCUACCCCUGCCAACUUCUAUUCUACAGACAAACAUUUUGAACAAGCUGAGAAAAUAUCUAGACAAAAUGAUAAUGCAAUUUCAAAUGAACUCUCUUUGAUUCCAAAUUUUAAUCCUCAAACAAGUGUUAAAAGUGUUCAUUCCAUACCUGCUCAAGAAAGUAGUCAAUCAAGAAUUCAAAUUCCAAAUUUAUAUAGUGCUGCUCUCAAAACUCCAAGACUAGAUAUCUUCAAUUCUGGAGAUAGUUUGUUGACAGAAAAAGUUAUUUUUAAUAAAGGGCCAGAAAAUAACAUUAUGAGAAAUCAUAUUAACAAUAAAGACUAUGAAUCUGUUGAUAGAUUCGAAGAUAUUUCUUAUGAUUUUCUUUCUCUAAAUCUUCCUAGUGGUCUUUUUGGCCCUAGUAAGAUGACUGGUCAUAGAUUAGAACAAGGUGAUAAUGUCAAAUAUUUUGAUAAUAAUAAAGACUCUUUUCCUGUAAAAUUGUUUUCCAGUGAAGGAUGAAACUAAAAAUUUAUGAAAAACCUAAUUGUAUUUUAUUCAGCAUUUACUAAAUUUUGUGAAACAUUUGAACUUAUAAAAAAAAUUGUAAAAAAAGAAAGAAAGAAAAACAUUUAUAUAUUUU